AUGGCAUCCGACCCCCUCCAUGACCUGGAUAACGUCUUCGACGACCAUCCGUCCCUCGACGCCUCGCUUGAAGACUUUGAAGAACAGUACGCGCAUCGGUCUCCGUUCUUCGGCCUACCAUCGCAGCAUUCUGGUUUCCGCUCGGGGAUCACAGAGACAUCGCCAUCUGACCAUGGUGGAAAUAUUUCUCGCUCCAGCAGUCCGUGGUCCCCACCAGGCUUGCGAGGUACAUUCCCAACGCCUGAACCACAUCACUAUCAACCACAGCAGCAGAAUCAACAAACACCUACGCAGCAGCAAUCUCCAGGCUAUCACCCAGCGAUGAUGGCUGGAGCAGCCUGGUACAGGCAACAGCCGUACAUGCGCAACCAGCCAGACUUUAGACCGGACCAUCUGCGGCCGAAUAGUCCCGAUUCGAGAUCAAGAGAGGUUAGUCCGCAGUAUGAAGAUGCGCCUGAGAAACCAACGCCGACCCAGACCUGGAAAGAGGAAGGAAGUGAGUUGAUACUGCCAGCGAGCAUACCACUACCACCAGGAGCGGAUUCGCCGGUAAAGGGCCGUUCGCCGAGUCCAUGUCCAGAGACCAAAACCGGAGCCGGCAUUGGAGUAGAUGAAAAGAAAAAAGGUGAUAAAGACGAUACCAGGCCUAGCGCCGCGUCGACUAAGCAAGGUCCAGAGUCAAUUACAAACUAUAUCCGGUUUGCAGUCCGCGCUGAAGUCCAACAUCGCGAACCAUUCGUCGCAUUUUUCAACUACAUAGGAGCGAAAGUGGACUCCAUGACCCAAACCCGAUCCUCAACCAUAUUAUCAAUCGUCGUCGGCCUUAUAUCAUUAACAUUCAUGCGAGCACUUUUCCUACCUCCAACCUUACCACCAGUACCAGAUAUCGUGAAACUAUCGAGCUUCACACGUUCUUUUGAGCCAUUGAUCUAUUAUUCGGAAAACGGGGUGCAGCAGAUCGGUACUCUGCAAGAAACUGGCGUCGCGGUAUGGGAUCUCGCUGAAUCAGUACGAGGCACGAACAUGACCAGUGCACCGAUCAUCGUGAGAGAGCUAGAUGAGCUCUCCCAGUCAUUGAAUUCACUCUCCCUGGAACUUACGCGGUUCUUCGCAAAUGUUGACGCAGAUAUCGACUCGAUUUUAAUCGUCAUGGAAUGGGCACGGAGGGAGCUAGAGGCAUUAUCCUCCCAACCCCCAAACACCCUUUCAUCCAUCUUCUUCGACAACUUCCAUAGCAUGUUGUCUCGCCUUGGCGUACUCGAGACGCUACCCACCAGCGUCUCAGCCAAUAUAAGCAAUGGCAUGAACAAUGAAACCAACCCCGAGAUGCCAGGAUCGCCGGUCCCUACACGCCUAGGAGCCUUCAUCACCACUUUAUUCGGACGCACUCGCUCCCAACGCACGCAAUUAACGUUAACACACGCCUUUACUGAACUUCUUUCCGUGCUGGAAGAGAGCAUAAAUAACGAACUAACGCACUCCACCGCUCUCUUCACCCUCUUCGAAUCCAUAGACCGCCAAUUCCUUAACCUCCAACGCACAGUGGUCCGUGAAUCGAACGCCCAGGAACGUGCGGAAGGCGAACUCCUCUCUUCCCUAUGGACGCGAGUCCUAGGCUCCAACGCUAUGGCGUUACGAAAAUACGAAAAGAAUCGCCGGCUACUUUCGAGCGUCAGACAACGAACAGUCGCCAACAAGCAUCUUCUCAUGGACCACCGGGGGAGAUUACUAGCUUUAAAGGCUAACCUGGAAGCUCUGAGACGGAAACUAGUCAGCCCUUUACUGCGAGGCGGGAACAGUUCCUCCGGACUAGCGCUCGGUAUUGGACCGUUGGUGGGGAUUAGCACUACCUCUGCACAUGGCGGUGGCGGGUCAGAGGACGUGGUAGGAUCCGAAAAUGCGAUGGAUAUGAUUAUCCACGGCCAGAUAAGGGGACUAGACGGAGCGCAUGAUUAUCUUAAGGAGGUGAGGGAUAAGCAGAAGGCGAAGUUGAUGGAGAUGGUUUAUGGAGCGGGCAAUCGACGUGUUGCUGCGAUGGUUGAUGGUGAGAGCGACGAUGGUGAAGGUGAUGGUAAGACAGACAUGGACGAAAUGGAGGAGAAGUAA